AAAUCUAUAAAAUCACAUGCCCCAUAAUCGUCCCCGAAUCCCUUAAACUAAUUUGAAGUUUCAAAUCCGAAGUGAAUUGAAUAAUAAUCAUGUCUUCUACUUCAGAGAAGAAAGUUGUGAUCCUGAGGAGCUCCGACGGCGAGGAGUUCCAAGUCGACGAGUCCGCGGCUAUUCAGUCCGUCACCAUAAAGAAUAUAAUCGAAGAAGAUUGCGGCGGCGGCGUUAUCCCUCUCCCGAAUGUCGACGCCAAAACUCUGGCGAAGGUUAUAACCUAUUGGAAGGAACUGGCCGCGGCUAAGGACGCGGCCAAUAUGAAGGAAUUCAAUGAGAAAUUCAUGGCGGAGGAGGAACAGGAUUCGGUGGUCGCGCUAAUCAUGGCGGCUAAUUACCUGGACACGAAGCCGCUGUUGGACAUUCUGUGCCAGAGGAUCGCCGAUACGAUUAAAGAUAUGUCGCCGGAGGAGGUACGAGCGUUUUUCAAUAUCGAGAAUGACUUCACCCCUGAAGAAGAGGCCAAACUCAGAUCGGAGCAUGCUUGGGCUUUCGAGUGAUUAUUUGAUUUUAUUUUGAAUGUGAAUGAUUAUUUUUUUACUGAAUUUAAUUCAACGUAUCUUUUUCUUAAUGGAAUUUAAUUUCUUAUUCUCGGAUUAUGUUUGUUUAUAUUAAGA